AUGAAGAUCCAUUCAGCCUGUGUUCUUGGACUUUCGGUAGCCACUGGUGUGCUAGGCUCAACAUGCUGCAAACGUCUCAAAGAACGACUGGGAGAUACCAUAAACCUGCCAGACACCGAGGGUUACAAUACAACGAUAUCUGAAUUUUGGUCGGUCCAAGAGGCCACACUUCAACCAGCCUGUGUCCUGCGGCCCAACGUAGCUGAAGAUGUUUCCGAAGCUCUAAAAAUCAUCAGCCAAGGCAAUUGCAGGUUCUCUAUCAAAGGCCGCGGCCAUGCUCCUGCGGCAGGAUUUGCCAAUGCGGAAGGCGGUGUGACCAUCGACCUGACGACUCUCUCAUCCGUGUCUCUCAACAAAGAUUCCACCAUGGCGCGUGUCGGAGCUGGAGCAAAGUGGCUGGAUGUUUACCAACAUCUCAGAGGAUCGGGAGUCCAGGUGGCUGGUGGCCGAAAUGGUAAUGUUGGUGUCGGGGCCUGCUUCUUGGUGGUGGAAUAUCACACUUUACUACUAGGGUUGGCUGGGCAUAACUAUGCGGACUUAUUCGUCGCCCUCAAGGGUGGAGGCAACAACUUUGGCGUCGUUACGCGGUUUGACCUUCAAACCUUUCGGCAAGGGAAGAUAUCUACAACCACCAUCACGUACAAUGUCUCGAAGCGGGCGAAACUAUUCGAAGCUUUUACUAACCUUCUUGAUUCAUCAACCUACGAUCCUUUGGCAUCUCUUGUUACUACCCUUGUGUAUAGCUCGGCAUCUAAAGCAUGGUCAUUGAAGUCCUCGGCGGUGUAUACGAAGCCAGUUACCAACCCUGAAGUGUUUCAGGAACUAUCUACAAUCCCACACGAGACGAUCGUGAAAAACAUCACCACGCUCGAAGUCUUUGCUGAUGAGGAAGAUACGCCACCACUGAACUGGCUUUUUGCCACAGCGACAUUUCGUCCAUCCUCUGAAAAUAUGCGAGAGAUGUUCGAUACUCUGAACCAAACGAUAUACACGUUCAACCCGCAGGGUGGCGUGACGUGGGCCAUCGCCUUCGAACCUCUUGUUUCAGGCAUGUUGAAGAAUCCCAAAGAUCGGAACGUGCUUGGCUUGAAGACAGUUGAAGACGGUUACAGUACUACACCCCCUGGGGAACGCAACGUAUGGAAUCUAACUGAUGUCUUUGUAGUUGUACUGAUUUCCGCUUUGUGGCCAAACUCAACAGCAGACUCGAGUGUCGAAAGCACAGCUCGGUCUGUGUUAUCAUCUUGGAAGAGGGAAGCUCGUGCCAAAGGACUUUUACAGGGGUUCACAUACCUCAAUUAUGCGGCACCAUAUCAAGACCCCUUGAAGUCCUUGAGUAAAGAAGAGCGUCGUUUCUUGGAAAUGACAAGCAAGAACUAUGACCCCGAGCAGGUUCUGCAAAGGAAGGUCGGUGGGUUUAAGCUCUAG